AUGUUUGAAGAAGAAAUACGAUUUUUACGAAAAAUGAAUAAGCGCCAGCUGGCGCAACAAGUUUUAAAUUUCUUGAUGAUAAUUUCAUCUGCAUUAAUGGUAUGGAAAGCAUUAGCUCUUUAUACAAAUAGUGAAAGUCCUAUCGUAGUAGUUCUAAGUGGAAGUAUGGAACCAGCAUUCUAUCGAGGAGAUUUAUUAUUCUUGGGAAUGCCAGAUGAACCUUUAAGAGUUGGUGAUAUAUGUGUAUUCAAGAUACCAGGAAGAGAUGUCCCAAUUGUACAUCGUGUCAUAAAAUUACAUGAUGAGAAAGAAUCAGAGAAACAAUUUAUUCUAACGAAAGGAGAUAAUAAUCAAGUGGAUGAUCGAGGAUUAUAUAAUAAAGGACAACUUUGGAUUCACAGAGAACAUAUUAUUGGAAAAGUUAGAGGGUUCUUGCCAUACAUUGGAAUUAUUACAAUUCUCAUGAAUGAUUAUCCUCAACUUAAAUAUGUAUUAAUUGGAUUCCUUGGAUUAUAUAUGUUGGUGAAUCGAGAAUAA